AUGAUAACCUUGUUUUAUGCAGAACAGUUGGCUUUGGGUUUCAAUAAUACAGACCCAGAUUGUAAUGAAACAUACACUUGCUGUGAUGCUAUACAAGCAACUCAACUUGAACUGAAAUUACAGUUGGCUCACACAUUAGGAAUUAGUCGUUGUCCAUCGUGUGCUAUGAAUUUUCAAAAGAAUUUUUGUCAUUUUACAUGCUCACCUAAUCAACAUAAAUUUUUAAGACCUACAGCAUAUGAUACAUCUAAUACUAAUCAAACUUUUAUAUCAGAACUUGACUAUUAUAUGAAUAAAAGGUUUGCAUAUAAAACUUUUGAUUCUUGUAAAGAUGUUAGUGGCUUAAUGCCUGGAGCUUCUGUUUUAGAGCUCAUGUGUGGAAGUGAGGGCAAAAAAUGUGCUCCAGAUACUUGGUUCAAAUUUUUAGGCUCCACUCCAGAAAAUGGAGGGUUUUCUCCAAUUCAAAUCAACUACAGAUUUUUGGUUCAACCUUCCAUAACUUAUGAUGGCAGAACAUAUUAUCCUUUUGAUGAAAAUGUAACCAAUUGUGAUGAAUCACCUGGAUAUGGAUUAAGUAGCUGUACAUGUUCUGAUUGUGAAGCAGCCUGCAAGUUUAUUUCAGCUUCUCCUCCACCUUUACCAGAACCAGAGCAACCAUUUUUGAUUUGUGGCUAUGAUGGAAUGAUUGUUAUCACAAUCAUUAUAUUUAUAAAUCUGUCAUUAAUUAUAAUUGUUGGAUUCUUUUUAUAUAAGCAGAAGUCUCGAAACAUUAUCAGAUCAGGUGAAAAUAAAGAAAUAAUAGGAAGAAAAGGGUCUUCUCAUCGACCUCUCAUCCAAUUCAAACAACGUUCCUUGACAUCCACAGGUGUGGAUCUUGGAUCCCUUGAAGAGGUUGAACCACUACGGAGUAAGCGGUCAAGUACGUGCACCCCUGUUGCCCUUGAAAUAUCCCAACUUUUGCACUCUUGUUUUGCAUGGCUUACAUUUUUCUUUAUUUCUUCACUUAAUAAUUAAUUUAAUAUGUUCAUU